CUCGCCUGGGAGACACAGGAGCCUCAGGCUGCAGAGGGGAAGAAAGCUUCAGGGCCUGAGGAUGGGGCAGGGACUCAGCAGCACCCAGGCCUCAGGGUUGGAUGGGUUCAUAGAUUACUACCUCCAACCCAACACCAGCUUCCGUAAUGAUGUCAGAACUGUCAUCAACACCAUGUGUGCCUUCCUGAAGGAGAGAUGCUUCCGAGACACGGACUACUCUGUGAGGGUUUCCAAGGUGGUGAAGGGUGGCUCCUCGGGCAAAGGGAAAAUGCUCACGGGCCGGUCAGAUGCCAACCUCGUGGUGUUCCUUAACAAUCUCACCAGUAUUGAGGAUCAGUUAAAGCAACGAGGAGAAUUCCUAAAGGAGAUUGAGAAACAGUUGUGCCAGUUACAGGGCGAGCAAAAAUUCCCAGUGAAAUUUGAGGUCCUCAGAUCAUGGAGGAACAACUCCCCUGGGAUAAUCUUGAAGUUGAGUUCCUCCGAGCUCCAGCAGGAAGUGGAGUUUGAUGUUCUGCUGGCCUAUGAUAUGCUGGGUGAUGUCAACGUCUACAACAAGCCUGACCCCCAAAUCUACAGACGGCUCAUCAGUGAGUGCACCUCCCUGGGGAAGGAAGGCGAGUUCUCCACCUGCUUCACCGAACUUCAGAGAAACUUCCUGAAGGAUCGUCCACCCAAACUGAAGAAUCUCAUCCGCCUGGUCAAGCACUGGUACCAACUGUGUAAGGAGAAGCUGGGUGAGCCGCUGCCCCCACAGUAUGCUCUGGAGCUGCUCACAGUCUAUGCCUGGGAACGUGGGAAUGGAGUCACUGAGUUCAAUACAGCCCAGGGCUUCCGGACAGUUUUGGAACUGAUCACAAAAUACAAGCAGCUUCAAAUCCAUUGGACAGUUUAUUAUGACUUUCAAGACCAGGAGAUCUCAAACUACCUGCUGAGUCGGCUCACAAGAGCCAGGCCUGUGAUCCUGGACCCAGCUGACCCAACAAGGAAUGUGGUUGGUUCGAAUCCAGAAGGCUGGUGGCGGCUGGCAGGAGAGGCUACAGUCUGGCUGCAAUACCCAUGCAUUAAAAAUUGGGAUACUUCCCGAGUGCGCUCUUGGGAUGUGCCGACCGAAGUUCCUGUGCCACAAUAACAGGUGGACAAGAACUGGAAUUGUGUCCUCCUGUGAGCACAGCAGCAUCUGCUCAGAAGGGUCGAGAGCCAGGGGAUGUGCUCCUUUGCUGCAGGCCUUGACCAGAGAGGGCAGAAUGCUGCCCAAGGCCCCAAAGGGAGAGUGUCCAAGCUGGGAUCAGACGCCAGGCUUCUGACCCUUGCCUGCCCACACUUCCAUCCUGUUCCAUCACAAACAGCCUUCCUCAUGGCCUGCUUCAUCUGCCUUAUCCUCUACCAGUGUCCUCUGUGGGACAAGAGAUUCAGAGGAAGAGGAAGAA